AUGGCCGAUACGAACGCGCCCAAGCCCAGCAGCAGUGUCAAGCUGGUGCUUCUAGGUGAAGCUGCCGUCGGAAAGUCGUCGCUUGUCCUCCGAUUCGUCAACAAUGACUUCCAAGAGAACAAGGAGCCCACGAUAGGAGCCGCCUUCCUAACCCAGAAGUGCAACCUGCCUACGAGGACGAUCAAGUUCGAGAUUUGGGAUACAGCAGGCCAAGAGCGCUUCGCUUCUCUGGCGCCCAUGUACUACCGCAACGCCCAAGCCGCCCUUGUCGUCUACGACCUGACGAAACCUACUUCGCUCAUCAAGGCCAAGCACUGGGUCGCCGAGCUCCAGCGACAAGCAUCUCCCGGCAUCGUUAUUGCGCUCGUGGGUAACAAGUUGGAUCUGACCAGCGACUCUGCCGGCACUGCCGAGGUUUCCGGAGACGGCGACGACAACGCGGAGGAUUCGGGCGACGCUCGCAAGAUUUCGACCGAGGAGGCCAAGACAUACGCUGAGGAGGAAGGUCUCUUGUUCUUCGAGACCUCGGCCAAGACCGGACACAACGUUACCGAAGUUUUCACAGCCAUUGCGAACGCCAUUCCUGAGACGUCGUUGAAGAGCGCGCGUGGGCCUGGUGCCUCGCAUGCUGGUGUCAGUCGUACAGAAGAGCAGAGGGUCAACCUUAACGGGCCGCGGGAUUCCCACGCAAAGGAAGGUUGCGCCUGUUAA